AUGUCUCUGGGUGGGAAUCCAGUGGCUGUGGUUCAGCUGCCCAGCGGUCAGUUCCAGGUUCAAGGUGUGAUUCAGUCAGCGCAGUCAUCGGUUAUCCAGUCUCCACCAGCACAAGCACAGGGCCAAGGAUCUGACAGUGAUGAUUCUCAGGAAUCAAGUGACAGCGGAGCAUCUAACCCGAGGUCAAGAGAGAUCUUGGCUCGGCGCCCAUCCUACAGGAAGAUUCUAAACGAUCUAUCAGCUGAGGAAGUGGCGACUCGGAAUGAGGGGGAAGAGGAAAGCUCCACCUCCUCUGCCAUAACAAGCGUCUCACUCUCUACCCCGAUCUACCAGACAAGCACUGGCCAAUAUAUUGCGAUUUCAUCCAAUGGCUCUCUGCAGCUGGCCAGUGCUGGUUCAGAGGGUGUGCAAGGCCUGCAGGCUCUCACCAUGACCAACUCGAACCCAAACCAGCCAACUAUCCUGCAAUACGCUCAGACCGCCGACGGACAACAAAUUCUGCUGCCUAGUAACCAAGUGGUGCUCCAAGGUGCAGGGGGAGAAAUGCAAGCAUAUCAGAUCCGCUCUUCUUCCUCCUCGCUGCCUCAGACCGUCGUCAUGACAUCACCCGUUAUCAGCUCUCAGGGCAAAAGCGAUGACCCGCAAAUGAAGAGAGAGAUACGCCUGGCGAAGAACAGGGAGGCAGCCAAAGAGUGCCGCAGAAAGAAAAAGGAGUACGUGAAGUGUUUGGAGAACCGUGUGGCUGUCCUGGAGAAUCAGAACAAGACUCUUAUCGAGGAGCUCAAGACAUUAAAGGACCUGUACUGUGUUAAAACUGGCUAGUGGGACAUCCAUCCAAUCAGGCUAAUGGGACUUUGCUGGCAGACCUGUCUGCCUACGUGCUUAUAAAAACACAGACACAAGGACUUUUUUCUGGCAUGGGGAUGCAUUUAAUCCUCAUGUCAAAUGCUUGUUUUUAUACAACUCAUUUUUAACUAAUAGCCUAAGAACGAUUGACCAGUAACAACAGCAACUGUUAUGCUUUUCAGGAUAGAUGGAAAGAGGGAUACGCUUUCCAUUUACAUAUUUUUAUUUGCAGUCAACAGAUAUGUGUAUGUAUCUUGUGCAAGCAUUGGCACAUCUACACUGGGAGAUCUCGCUUUAUUCUUGACCCAUUUGGUUUCCAGGGAAUAUUGAAUGUUAAUUUUAUUUGAAGCGCUAGCUGAAUUUUGAUAUAUCCAGAUAGAAGACUGGUAUUUUUACACCUUAUUUCAGAUGCGCUUGUACAUAUGAAAAUUGUGACGCGAUUGUGUUUUUCAUGAAGUCAUGCAGCUGUGUUCUUUGCAUUUUUG